UUCGAGUUUCAGCACAGAGGAAGCACCAAAACAACCGACGCGCCAAGAUUAAGAUGUCUGUUUGUCUAAAUUUAGGCUAAUAAUCAAAUUUAACGACACAGAAUAAUAAUAUUGAUAUUAUAACAGACUUGUUAAUGUAUGUCGUAGUGUCAUAGCAAGUGUAAAGUUUUGUACUGGGUUAAUAGAAACUGAAAUGUCGCUGAUGAUUCAGGGGGCGAGCUGGAGUCUGGAUGCUAACAGAUUAGCAGGAUUAUAAAAUCACAGAUGUCUGUGUGUGUGUGAGUUUAAAUUAACACACACGCGCGCGCGCGGUUAGAGUGCUGAGGAUGGCGCACUGGAGCAGGUUCGAGAAGGAUCUGGAACAGGAGGUGAGGAGGCUGGUGAUGCACCUGAGUGGGAUCGAGGAGGAGCAGGACCAGAACCUCCAGCUGGCCCUCAAGUUCGCCUGGUCCAACUUCAGGUUUCACCGUUUCCUGGACGUGAGCAGUCACAAAGUGCAACGCUCCAUACAGGGGAUUUAUGAGAAGCUGAUGGUUCACUCUGACGUGUGUAAAGCAGAGAGCUGGCUGAGGUUAACCAGUGAGUUCCUGCGCUCUCCUCUCCCCAACACGCCGGGCUCCAUGACUGAUGUCCAUCACAGUAUUCUGUCCUUGUUGCUCCUUUUGUCUGAUUCUCCGUCCAACUCCAGCUACAGCGAGCGACCCCGGCUCAAAGAUGCAGAGGAAGAGGACAAGUUUGACUGGGGCAGGUAUCUAAUGGAAGGAGAGGACGUGGACACUGGGCCGUUUCCAGACACGCCGGAGUGGUCUGAAGAUGAGAGUGAGGAAGAAGAGUCUCAGCAGCCCAUCAGCAGAGGGGAUUCUGGGAUACAGCUAGACCCAACACCACAGGAAGACCAGGAGCGGAGCGAUAAGAUGGUGCAGGUCACCUGGGCAGUGGGAGAACCGGAUGCCAGGGCUUGGCUGGAGCUGCACGUGGUGACGCCGUACUGGGUUCCUCACUCAUCACGCUUUCCACACAGCCUGCAUCUGCACUCCAACCUGCUAAACGUCUGGGAUCAGCAUCUCUACAACACAGACCCCAUGCACCUGCCUGAGGAGAAAGUCUUCGUCACCGAGACGCAAGUGAUUCGGGAGACUCUGUGGCUUUUAUCAGGGGUGAAGAUGCUUUUCAUCUUUCAGCACCAUGAUGGCAAAGUCAGCGUGAGGAACGACGUAGUUGUCACACACUUAACCAGCAACUGCUUGCGUUCCAUCCUGGAGCACGUGGCGGCGUACGGCCAGGCGGUGUCGCGCCUCCAGAGGUUCAUCGACGAGGUGACGGGGCACAGCACGGAGCCGUGUCCUCCCGGCCUCAGCUCUUCCUCAACUUCAUCCUCGAAGAAGAGCUCAGAGCCUCCGUUCAGGACGUACCAGGCGUUCGUGUGGGCGCUGUACAAGUACUUCAGCAGCUUCAAGGAGGAGCUCUCUGCUAUUGAGAGAGAGAUCAUCAGCAAAGAUGAGACGGUGAGUUUGUUGUCCGUGUUGGAGCGCCUCAGCCCUCACCUGGCGCAGAUCACCGUGCUCCACAGGGUUUUCUGCACAGGCGUGGCCGAGGUCCCUUCCGGCACGCCCAAUGUGGUACGAGCCUCGCACCUCCUCAACACGCUGUACAAAGCCAUCAUCGAGUACGACAGCGUCGGAGAAGCUUCAGUGCAGGCGGUGGCGCUGCUGUUCUCGCUGUGGGUUGAAACGGUCAGGCCGUACCUGGAGAUAGUGGACGAGUGGAUUGUUCACGGUCACCUGUUCGAUCCGGCUAAGGAGUUUAUAAUCCAGCGGAACAAGGACGUCCCGGUGAACCACAGAGACUUCUGGUACGCCACCUACACCCUGUACAGCGUGUCCGAGGCCGUGGACAGCGAGGAGAGACUGAGCGACACGGCCAGCGGCAGCUCGGGUGGAGAUCAGAGCUCCAGCAGCAGGCAGCACACCAUGGUGUCCUUCCUCAAACCCGUCCUUAAGCAGAUCAUCAUGGCCGGGAAAUCCAUGCAGCUGCUCAAGAACCUGGACUGUAAAGAAGCUGAGCAGGCUGACGGCGGGUCCUCCAGAGGUGACCGAGACGCAGAGAGGAAAAGUCUGUACACUCUGUUCCUGGAGUCGGUCCAGACACGUCUGCGGCGCGGAGAAGAUUCCCCGACGGAUACGGUAACCGAGCAACAAGCCACCAAGAGGAGCCUUAUUAAUAUGCAGUCCAUCGUGGCGCAUCACCUGGAGCUGAAUGACAUCCACGACCCGCUACUGGCCAUCAACUUCGCCAGGAUGUAUCUGGAGCAGAAAGACUUCCACAUGAAGUUCUCCGGCGCUGACGUGGUCGUGGACCGGUCGUCCGAGUCGGUGACGUGCCAGACGUUCGAGCUCACGCUGCGCUCCUGCCUGUACCCGCACAUCGAGAGGAGGUACAUCGAGUGCUGCGGGAAUCUCAUGAGAACUCUCAAGAAGGACUACGGGCUCCUGGGAUACCUCCAGGCCAUGAGAAACUACUUCCUGCUGGAGGCGGGCGACACCAUGUAUGAUUUCUACACUGCCAUCUUUGACAAGGUUUUGGAGAAGGAGAGCUGGCAGCAGCUGGCGUUCCUCAACGUGCAGCUGCAGGAGGCUGUGGGACAGCGCCACCCGGAGGACAGCAGCAGACUGUCGAUCUUUCUGGAGGCAAUCGAUCCUACAAAGAAAAAACAGCCAAUCAAUAACCUCGAUGGUCUCACGCUGAGUUAUAAGGUUCCUUGGCCUGUGGACAUUGUGAUUAGUUCCGAGUGUCAGAAGAUCUACAGUCAGGUCUUCAUGCUGCUCCUACAAAUCAAAUGGGCCAAGUACAGUCUGGACACGCUGCGGUUCAGCGAUUUGACGGUGGCUGCAAAACGACACGAAGCGAGUCCGUCAGAAGAGCUCGCUCCCAAAGAGCCCGUUCGCCAGCAGAUCCACAGGAUGUUCCUCCUCAGGGUCAAGCUGAUGCAUUUCGUUAACAGUCUCCACAACUACAUCAUGACCAGGAUCUUACACAGCACGGGCCUGGAAUUCCAACACCAAGUGCAGGAGGCUAAAGACUUGGACCAGCUCAUAAAGAUCCAUUACAGAUAUCUGUCUACUAUCCAUGACCGCUGCCUUCUCAGAGAAAAGGUGAGUUUUGUUAAAGAGGCCAUCAUGAAGGUCCUGAAUCUGGUCCUCAUCUUCUCUGACCGAUGGCAGGCCGGCUUCGGGGCGUGGAAAAUCGAAUCUAUCGACAAAAUGGAGUCAGAUUUUAAGAACUGUCACAUGUUCUUGGUGACCAUCCUAAAUAAAGCCGUGUGCAGAGGAUCGUUUCCUCAUCUGGAGUCUCUGGCUCUGUCUCUGAUGGCCGGCUUCGAGCAGUGUUAGAGCACGUCUCCAGCUGUAACACUGCUGUGUUCCUCGGUCAGUGUGUAGAAAUGUCUACACCACAGAGGAGGAAGUGAGCGCUCACACACACACACACAGCAGAGCUUCUUCAGCUUUAACCUGAUCAGUCUCUCGUCCCUGCACAAGUUUCUUCUUUUAGCUGAAAGCUUUCAAAUAUAAUAUAACAAGCUGUUUGAUGUGAAUGAAUAUAAAACUGCAGUAGAAAACUUUUGAAUACGUGCUGAGUGUGACGUGUGCUCUGUAUCACGUGUGUAUAUGUUUGUACAUAUGCUCAUUCUGGAUGUCUUGCUUUAUUGAUGUUUAUGUAAAAUAAACAGGCUGUUAA